AUGCCCAACGAAAUCGUCUCACACACACUGGAUAUUUCCGUGGCUCAGCUCUGUAUCGCGCUCGGUUGGACACAUACGCACAAAUCCACCCUGCAAUGUCUGUCCCAGCUGACCGAAAACUAUCUGCGGAAGCUGGCGGAACUUGCCAAAUACUUUGCCGAGCUCAACAAUCGCACCACACCGAACAUGGACGAUCUUGCAUUUGUCUUCAACUACCUACAGAUCGAUCUGAAGGAAAUAGCGGAAUAUUGUAAGAACUUCCAGCCAGAGCUUCUGCCCCCGGCGUGCGAUAUUCAGUGUGUUUCUAUACCGAAGAAAGGUAAUGAGUCAAUCAAUGUACGGACUAAAGAACAAAUGCAGGGAUCUUUAGAUGUAGAUGGUAAAUUAAAAUAUUAA